CUUGCAGUAGUGAGGAAGCCGAACGGAAACAUAUGACUGCUUCAGUUUCUGUUUUUGUAAGUGGUUGUUAAUUUAGGAUCAUUUUCUGAAGACCAAACAGGAAAGUCUGUCUGUUCACCGUACAGGAAAACAUCAGUAAAGUAUCUAUUCCUGUUUUGCCUCUGAUGUGUCUAUGAUGUCUGCGAGCAUGAAGUCUGAUAUAGCAUAUCAGAAGAUGGAGUCGAGUAAACGAGAGGGUCUCCUGAAACUUCAGAAGUAUUCUAGAUGUAUUCUGAUCAUUGGCUGUCUUACUGCUGUGCUGCUCAUGGUGUUUAGCCUUCAAACACUCCUUAUUCCUUCAAUUAUGACAUCUCGCCUGAAGAUAAAUGCUUCCAGUACACACACCUGCACUGACCAAUGCAGACUGGUUCUGGUGGAGAGCAUCCCAGUGGGCAUGGAAUUCAACUCGUCUGUUAGUCAUCCAUCCAUCUAUGAGGCAUGGCGGGGUCUCUUAUCACAGGCACAAAGCAGUCUGGACAUUUCAUCCUUCUACUGGACCCUCACUAACGAAGACACACACACACACGAGCCCACAGCCAAUCAGGGAGAGAAGAUCAUGCAGGAACUUGUAGAGCUUUCUGGGAAAAUCUCUGUGCGCAUUGCGGUGAAUACUCCUCAGGAAAAACAGCUACCUCGUGACCUCCAGAUGCUCAUUGAUGCUGGUGCUGAUGUGAGGGAUGUAAACAUGCGAGAUUUAACAUCUGGUGUGCUGCACACUAAGUUCUGGGUGGUUGAUAAGAAGCACAUUUACAUCGGUAGCGCCAACAUGGACUGGAGAUCCUUAACUCAGGUGAAGGAGCUCAGUGCUGUGGUAUAUGACUGUAAAUGCCUUGCUGAAGACCUUGGAAAAAUAUUUGAAGCAUAUUGGUUCCUUGGCAACAGCAAGACAAUACCUGCUCCCUGGCCAAGCCAAUAUGCUACAGCCUUUAACAAAGACACACCUAUGCAGCUACCAAUCAAUGGGACAGACUCUAGAGUUUACCUGUCGAGUGCUCCUCCUUCUUUGUGUGCCGAGGGGCGAACUCCAGAUCUUCAGGCCAUUUUAAGCAUCAUUAAUGAUGCACAGGAGUUUGUUUACAUUGCUGUGAUGAACUACUUGCCCACUAUGGAGUUCUCAGAUCCUAAAAGAUACUGGGCUGCUAUUGACACUGAGCUGAGACGUGUGGCAUUCGAGAGAGCCAUUCAUGUGCGUUUACUGAUCAGUUGUUGGAACAGCACAUCUCCAGUCAUGUUCCCAUUUUUACUCUCUCUUGCAUCUGUACAGGAGUCAAAGAGUGACCUGGAUAUACAGGUGAAAAUCUUCAUUGUUCCCAGCAGCCCGAGUCAAAAGGAAAUACCCUUUGCUCGUGUGAACCAUAACAAGUACAUGGUGACAGACAGAGUUGCCUAUAUAGGAACAUCAAACUGGUCCGGCGAUUACUUUGUGAACACGGCAGGCUCAGCAUUAGUAGUGAAUCAGACUUCAAGCUCAUCCUCAGAGUCCACAGUGAGAGAACAGCUGCAGGCUGUGUUCACAAGAGACUGGGAUUCAUCUUACAGCACUCCACUCAACCACAACAGCAACCUCGAACAGAUAUGUGAAAUAUAACAGAAUCAGCAGGGGGCGCUCCCCUUAAAGUCCCUUAUGUUCUAGUGUUAUUUUAAUGCAGCCAAAUAAACGUCACCUGCCACCAAGCCAUGAACAUGGAGGCUGGAGCUGAAUCAAUGUGGCUGAAGUGAUGUUGUCUCACAUUUACACGCUUGGUUUGCAUUUACUUUAAAGAAAAUUUGAAAAGUUGAUGUAACAGAAUGAAAGAAACAUGUUUUUUUUUUUUGUUUGUUUUUUUUGUCACUGAAUUCAGUGAUAAUUGCCAAUCCAGCAUUUAUCUAACCAUCCACACUUGAGUUACAAGAAUGGCCAAUAAAAUAGCGACUACAGGAAAAUCAAUGGGAAAAAAGCAAGCUUGAAGCACAGGACAUGAUGCUCAGUCCAGUACACAACUGACUGUUUUCUCCUUGCACUACAUAAACCUUAACACAUAAUGAACCUAACAAACUGAGGGAACUUCACUAGGGAAUCUUUACAUCUUAAUUUUAUAUCCUGUAUUCACUUCUAAAAUGGAGAUGUAUUUAACUACCUUUUUUUCUAAUGACUCAGUUGUUACAGAUAGCAUUAUAAUACACUUGCACUUUGACACAAUA